ACGUCCGCCUCGCUCGGCCCGAACGUCCGCCCCGCUCGGCCCUCUUCCGAGCGGAUUCGGGGGUGGGGCGGGGCGGGAACGCGCCAGCCUUUCUCCGGUGAGCAGGCGGGCGGUUGCCGGAGGUUCAGCGUCCGGGCACUCUGUCACGUAGGUUACGCACACGCUCAGUCCCCUGGGGCCGCCCGGAGCCCGCCCAGGCAGGUGUCCCCUCCCAGACUCCGGCGACCCGGAGGCGGGGACGCGAUGGUUCGGGUCGGGGGCCCGAGGUGGAGCUGACAAAGGGCGGAGAAGAGCCUGGCCGAGUUGCGGCCGACCACGAAGCCCUUCCCCGCCCGUCGGGCCCUGGCUUCCCGUCCGCCGAUUUCCAGCCGUCAGGGUCACGCUACUCUCUGGAAGCCCUGAAUUCCGGUGCCCCUCAAGCCCCGGGCCCCCGGCGGGAAUGUUCAAAAAUGAGUACCAGGGAGGUGCAUUUGUUGAAAUCUUUAGUGCUCAGGGAAAAAAUCCUGGAGCAAAAUGGAAGAUCCUUGGCAGUCCAUCUGUGAUUUGGAAAGAAUUUGAUAAAGAAGUUAAAAGUUUUGUGUUUGUCCUGGAAGGAAGCAGCCAAACAAAUAAAAUUCAGUUACCAAAGGAGAAUAAGCAAAUCCUCGGACUGAUCCAGAGGUUUCUUGUACUUCAGAUUUACAUACCCCUGGGACAAGACUUCUCCACCGAAUUGCUAAUUACUGAUUUAAGGAACAUAAAAAGAAGAUUGUAUUUAUCAACAGUCCAUAAGGAACUGUCCUCAACCCCUCUUCAUGCAAAAAUCCCACUCUUCAUGAUCAAACGCAAAAUCUGGUGCAAUCUAUGCAUUGACUUGGUGGCAUUUACCAGUGAAAUAUUCAAAGGAGCAUUUUUCCAGUCACUGGAUGGAAUUAUUGUCUCAGCUAACUGUAAGCUACGGAAGAUCUUCACUUUAAAAUGCAAGCCUCAAGACACUGCUGAUAAAGAUGAUGAACCUACAGACAUCAUUCCACGAAGCUGCCAACUCACGACAGAUGUUCCACAAGUCACACAGCUGCUAAACAUGACUAAACUCUGCCAAACUGAAAUAAAAUUUGGAGGUCAUCCUCUAAGUUCAGCAGAAUCAGAUCAGUUCAUUAACAGAGGAACAGGUAGCAUGCGGAGCGGUAAAAAUCAAGAUGUUUGUCAUAUUGCCUUUGGAUCCAAAGUUCUUGGACCACCUCCACUCUCUGGCAGAAGAAAUAACAUGAGGAUGUUCAGUGAGACAGUAAGAUCUGUUGGGUCCAAAAAUAACCAAUCGUGCCAGCAGUCUACAGUAGAGAAGUGUGUUAACAGGGCAGAAAUGUCAACCUUGCUGUUAUCUGAGUCUGAGGCACAAGGAGAUAAAGAAAAUAUUGGCCACAUAAAGCAGACUGUACCUAUUCAUGCCAAUCUGCAUAUUAUGCAUCCACAUCCCCCUCAAGAACCAUCAGCCGAUAAGAAUAAUAACAGGAGAAGAUUACAGUUAAAAAGAACCAGCAGAGAAAGGACAGAGACACCCAGCGGCAAUUCUUCAGGAAAUAACAGAAAUGAACAUAAAGCAACAACUGUCCUCACCACUGUGUCCCAACAGAGAACAGAGACAUUGAACCUCAGCUGUCCAGCACCCCAGUCUCCUGAUCAAGCAGAUGAGUGGAUAUUUCCUGAAAAUGAUGACCACAUCCCCCAUUUGGCCUCCAGCACGCAGUCUCUACUUCUGGAUGAAAACUCCUGCAACACCUCACACCUGUGGCUAGAAGCCAGCAAGAAAAAUGAACAUGACCAACAGACAGAGGAAACCCAGGUUGUUCCAAAGGAUAUUUUCACUUUUUCAUCAAGACCACGAUCAGCACCUCAUGGAAAGACUCAGAAUAUGUCCCCAGAGGGGUGCCCAUUUAUUUUGGAUCUAAAAGAGGAUACCAGUGUAACAAGGAGAGACACCCAAUUGGAGGAUGAUUUUUAUGGUGGUGACAGCACCGAAGAGGGUAACCACAGUGUCUGGGGUUCAACCGACCCAACGACUAGUCCUCCAAGGUUAACUCAGUUAACAUUAGAGAGCGUGCUGGGGAAGACUGCGAGGUGGACAAGUAAAGGAUAUCUAAAAAAUGCCUACACAGAAGCAGGAGCAUCAGAAAACCAGAAUUCCUUGGCAAAGCAGAUAGAUAAAAAAGACUUUGAAACGAGUUUGGUGCCUACACCAUGCCUUUCUCCCCCUGGAAGAAGGAGUGAAUCCUCUCCAAAAAUUCCAGGUCCUGUUAUCAAAGCAAAGGACCUACCAGCCCAUCAAGUGUCAUCUUCAAUAUACAACAUCUCCCUACAGGAAAUGUCAGGGGAGAAGUUGAAACCGAUUCCUGAUGUAUCUGAAUAUGACUGGAGAAACUAUCAACCCAGCCAGAUGAGUGAAUCCGAGUUGCAAAUGCUAGCAAGCCUACAGCGGCAACAGAAUGAAGAACUGGAGGACACUGGGGCUCCCCAUGGCCUGAGCGCAUCCCAGGUUGACAACUGUAAUGUCAGCAUAAGUACCAGCAGCGAUGACACAACCACCUGGAACUCCUGCCUGCCACCCCCUGUCAACCAGGGUCGUCACUAUCAGAAAGAAAUGAAUCCACCUUCUCCUUCUAACCCCCGGGACUGGUUAAAUAUGCUGAGCCCACCGAUUGUUCCUCCCAGUCAACAGCCAGCAGAGCGGCAUCAGGAUUCUUCCGGAAGCUUGAGUGCUCAAGGUGGAGAAGACCUGAGUGUGGAAGAGGACGAGGAAGUGCUGACUCUGCUGUAUGACCCAUGUCUGAACUGUUACUUUGAUCCCCAGACUGGGAAAUACUACGAGUUGGUGUAAUGCCUCCUUCCAGGGCAAAGAAUGGCCACCCCAGGCGGAGCAGGAUAGCAGUUCUGACUGGCAUCACAAUGCAUGUGUUGGCCAGGACCAUGGAAUCAACAGUAACUAAGAGAAAUGAAGUUAGUUUGUACAUAGUGUUCAAUGUUAAGACUACCUACAUUCUUUUUGUAGAUGGGUGUGAUUUUUUGGAACUGUGAAGGAAUUAAUACAGAGAUAAGAUUUUAGAACUUUGAAUUGGUUCUUAUUUGUUGGUUCUCAUCCUACAUAUAAUUUUGUUUAUUUCAUAUAAUUUUAUGUAAACGAAAUAAGAGUUAUUAAUGCAAAUUUUUUACAAUGUUAAUCUGUAAAUGAUGGCUUGAUAUACAGAAAAUGUAUUCUUGUUUAAAAGAUAUCUGGGUACCUUU